CAGAAUGAGAUCAAUGUGGAUAUUUGGGCUCCUGUUCAUCAGCCUGAUGGGAGCAAAUGGACUCAACUACUUCCCUAAAAAUUUCGUGGUGGCAAAGAGAAACGACGACGCCUUUGUCACAUUGCCGUGUGGUGCAACAUCCAAGGGAAAUGAAGUCCAAUGGACGUUCAGAGGUGAGGAGAUGGAGUACGAGGACAACGUGCUUAAGCAUGGUCCAAAUCUACGGGUCAACGAGGUAGACGGUCCUGUGCUGGGAAAUUACACUUGCUGGAGCGGAGGAGAGAGCGCGUCCAUUUAUCUCCUGCUGAUGGUCGAGGAUGACAAGGAACUUGAUUCCUUCCUGACGUGUCGCGCAAAUUCUUACCACUGCAUGUUUAGCUGUACGUGGAACGACACUACAUACGAGGCUGUGCGCCUUGGACUGGGCCCAGAUUGUCGUAAAGGAGGCAAGUCGUGCCCCUGGGUCAGCAGCAACGAACAAGAUGGGAGACUCCAAUUUGAGCUUAACCACUCGCUCUCCCCCUACGCCGAGGAGAGCACCAUGCUGACACUCACGGCUGAGGCCAUUGAGGGCCAUUCCGUCCUGAGGAAGACCAAGAUAUUUUAUCUUCGAGAUAUCAUUGAACCAGACAGUCCUCAGAUUGUCAAAUGUCAAGAGUAUGAGCAACAUUUGAGCUUGACCGUCCAUCCUCCAUCCAGCUGGUCUACCCCUGACAGCUUCUUCGCCCUGGAACAUGAAGUGGAAUAUAUGGACUCUGAUGAAAAGAUCGGACGUGUCUCGCCCUCCCACAUACCCAAGAAUAUCCACAAGCUGAAGGUUCGCUCCCGGGAUCCGGUGGUGCAGUCAAAAUGGAGCCAAUGGACUAACUGGACAAAUGUCCAAGGAGGGAAAAGGAAGCUUCUCAAACCCCAGAAGGGCGUGAUAUAUUGCAAUCCAAAGAUGCAUUCUCGAAACGUGGACCUUUGUAAAUGAAGAAGAAACAGAGCUCAAUAGGGUUAGAAAAGAUUUUCAACGGACAGUGUAAAAACAACUCCACAUGAAAUCAUUUCAAAAUAUUUUGUUAACGACAUCAUCAUCUUUGAGUGUGCGCCAACUAGGUGAUGUCACUGAACCAUCAUUAAAGUAACUGAUGCAUACGUACUGUAUUGUAAAGUUUUUGGGGAAUUUUAGCCUACCUGAACUGAAAAGGCUAAGAAGAUAAUUUAAAAAACAAUAAAUCAACUCCACUCCAGUAGUUUGAAUGAGUUUUACUCACACCUAAUCUAUUUACAGACCAGCUCAGUGAGGUUGUAGUUAGCGCAUGUACCUCACACUUAAAAUACUUGAAAUAAAAUCAAAGGUUAGAAUGUAGUUUGGAGCUAUGCAUAGCCUGUUUAAAAAAAAAAAUAUUUUUCA